ACGUUAUUACCGCCCUUUACACUUCAUGUUUGUAUACCGGUGAUAUGAUAUGUAUUUUAUCGUCUAAUUGUGAAAUGUUGAAACAUUGAAGUGUUGACUUUAGUGGAUUUUUUAACACAGUAGGAUAAAGAUAUUAAUAUAUUUCAACAUUAUUGUGGAUUUAUGACAACGUAUAAAAUAAGAUACAUGUGCAGCAUCUGAAAAACAAAACAACAACAUUGGAUUAGCUUAAGGAAAACAUUAAAAUACGAUGUAACUUCAGGAGAGACAGAUUUUACAUACCUGGCUCAUACAAAAAUAUUAUAUUGAGUUGUGUUUAAAAUGGAAGUAUUACAGCUAAUCAAAAUGUGUUUGACUCCAUUAUUUGUUAUAGCAUUUGUAAAUUUCUUUGUUCUACAAGUCGAGGGAGGUGUGUGUCAAGGCGAUCCAUCUAAAAUUGUCUCCAUGUGUCAAGAAUCGUCUGUUAUAUCAUCAGCUAUCAACAUAGAUACUUCAUUUUUCUCCAAAACAAUGCUUGGACAACGCUGUACAUGUGAAAUAAUUGUUAAUUCAACUGCACUUUCAAUUAAUACAUUAAGUGCUCCUUCGACAUUAGAGUGUGGUACAGUUGUGACAUUCAAACUAGUACAAAAUCCUAAGAUUGAAUGCACUACCUCUAAGAAUUAUAUCGAUACAUCGAUAGAAAAACAAGGUGUUGUAGAGAUAUCGACUACUAGUUCAACCGUUACUGAUACUGGAUACUGUAUCGAAGUUUCCACUGGAAAUGCUGAUGAGAUGAUAACAAUGACCUGUUAUGAAAAUGAAGUCACAGCGACAACAGAAAUUCCACCAAUAUCUGUCAUGAAAGAAUUACUGCAACAGAAUAAUCAAACUUCUGAAGCAGUUCUUGAAGAGAUGAGUAGAAAUCCAAAUGCUUCUGUACUUUUCGAACCCCUGAUGUCAUCCUCCGAGUUGAUGAGUUUUCUCAAUAACACGGAACAACUUGCAAGUACAAAAGAAAAAAUAACAUCAAUGCCUCAUAAUAACAACACGGAAAGUACAUCUAAUACUACAGAAACAAUACCUGUUGAGGUGGUAAAUGCAGUUAUCAAACAAUACAAUGGUUCCAAUUCUAAUGAAAGUGACAUUUCAACUGUUUUGUUCGAACCUUUCAACUCAACAGAUAUUCCUUCAAUGAUGAUAAAUACUACAUACAAAGAUACAAUACAAAAUGUCACUAGUAAUGAAUAUACGGAUAUGAAUAAUUCUUCAUUGAUCUUCAACGGUAAAAGAACUACAUCCACUGAAAAAUACAGCGAGUCACUUUCUGGGAAUGCACCAUUAAUAAGCGCUCAAUAUAAAACUACCACGGAAAAUGUACCAACAACGUCUGAUCUGUCCCCGAUGAAUCUGUUUUCUUCGUAUAUGGAAAAAGAAAAGGUUACCGAUAAUCAACUUAACAACGCGGUUAAUGACCAAGUAACGGUUCAAAAUAGCUCCCCUGUUCCUGACAUACAAUCGUCGAAAGGUGCAUGGUCGUUUAUACUUCCAGAUGAUACAAAUAAAACAGAUGACAUAAUGUCAAAGAAUAAAGAUAUUCUAUCAAGUGCCAUAGAGCAAGACAUUCUAUCAUCCGAAACAUAUAAGCAGUCGACAAUAUCUCCGUCUAAUUCUGAUACUAUUUUGUCUUCAGAUUUUGACUUUGAAUAUCUCAAACCGACAAUGUCUUGGGAAAUCUCUAAUCUAAAAUCAUUGUCAUCUGCACUAGCGCCUUUAGCCGAUAUAACAAGCAACGAUAUGGCCUUUAUGUCCAUUGUACCCUCAAUGUUAGCUAUCGUUCCUACGAAAACCAGUGAAGUAACAAGCUUGACACAAGUUACUUCUGUUGUAAAUUCUACAUCGUCUACUUUAUCAAUGGAUGAAUAUCAAAGUAAAGCAGCUGAUUUUACAGACAUGUUACCCCCUCAAGGUAACGACGCCUUCCUAUCAAAUACCGAGACUUCUACUUCAACUCUACCUAUGGCUACAUCAGAACAGCAUGUCGAUGUAAAUGUUGAGGAAUCAACAUCAGUUGUAAUGUCAACAGAUCCUGAAACAACAAAACACCAGUUUGAAACUACAGAAACAACAAUAUCGUCAACAGAGUCUGAAACAACAACACAACAUGUUGAAACGACAAAAACAAUAGUUCUAUCAACAACAAAUGCGUUCAUUCAAGCAGAAACCACUACAGAACAUGCAAAAACUCCUACGGAGGAACCACCAUUGAAUGCGAUACCAGUUAUACCAGGAUUAGGAACUACAAAAGAGUAUGAACAUAUACCAUUUAUACCAGAAACAGGAACUACAAAAGAGCAUGGACUUAUACCAGUUAUACCAGAAAUAGGAACUACAAAAGAGCAUGAACAUGUACCAGUUAUACCAGAAACAGAAUUUACAAAAGAUCAUGGACAUAUACCAGAUAGACCAGAAACAGGAACUACAAGAGAGCAUGAACACAUACCAGUAAUACCAGAAACAGGAACUACAAGAGAGCAUAAACACAUACCAGUUAUACCAGAAACAGGAACUACAAGAGAGCUUGAUCAUAUACCAGUAAUACCAGAAACAGGAACUACAAAAGAGCGUGAACAUAUACCAGUUCUACCAGAAACAGGAACUACAAGAGAGCGUGAACAUAUACCAAGUCUACCAGAAACAGGAUCUACAAAAGAGCAUGGACAUACAACUCAGACAAAGCAUCCAAUGAAAAUAAUGCCAAUUAUUCCAGACCAAAAUAUAAAACAAAACAUAAGAUUGCUGCCACCGGUAAAUCAAAAUGAAUUAGAUAAAAUAUUCAGCGGUAUAUCAGAUAACUUUUUCACCACGAAAGUACCAAACACUGGUGAAAAUCUUGAACCACAAGGUUCAACAGAAGAGGAAGAUGUACUGAGUGAAGAAACAGUAACAAUUAUAGUGAUUGGAUCAGUGAUUGGUAUCUUAGCUUUGGUUGCAGUUAUAGUUAUCCUGACAACAAUUCUACAGAAAAGGAAAAGAUCAUCUAAUAUGGCUGCUUCUAAAGAUCUUGAAUUAAACGGGAAAGGUAUUGACAAUCCACUUAUGGAAUUAGAAAGACAAAAUGAAGUGAAUUCGUCUUUUGGACAAAACGGAAAUGGAACUAUUCACGAAGAACCGGAACUUGAAACAGCGGAAGUUGAAGGGGGUCGAAAUGGAGAAGCUUCUAGUGUUCCCGAUUCAAAACCAGAAGAUACAAAGACACAAGAAACUAAUGAUGCUUAGAUAUAAUAGUUUGUGAUUAAAAAAAGUGUUAUGUGGACAAUUAUCUUUGAGAAGCAUAAAAUGGUUCACAAAAUAUGUAACUAAAUGACGAUCCAGAAAAUGUAUUAUCCAUCAUGCACGUGAUACAUGUGCUGUAAUAGUGAAUUAUUGUCAUUAGCAAAUGACAUGAAAUACGUGGAUUUCAAACCUGAAAGACGUUUGUAAACACUUAUGAGUUAAAGAAUACUGUCCCUCUUGUAACAUAUUUGUAGCGUAAACACAUACGUUGUUAAACUGACUAGCGCUUAGCGUAUUUGUUUUCGUAAGUCUAUAGUUGUCAGACUUUCACAUUUCAUUAUUCACAUUUUAAACUCAAUUUAUGCUGAUAACGCUUAUCUGCACAUUGACUCCUAAACAAUAGGUGUGAUAUGAAUGAAUUAUUUUUUCUCGUAGAAUAUCGAUUGAUCUGUAUAGACAGACAUGUUAGCUGUUUGUCUUAUUAAUGUAGUAGUAUUUAUAUUAUUUCAUCAGCAUUUCGUAUUUUCAGUAAUUUCAUAAUCAAUAAACAUUGCUAAAUUAACAA